CAGCCUGGCGUGAGGGUGGACACAAGACUACCUCGGCCUAAUUGUUCACAAUACAGGCAAAUCAACGCAUUCUAAAUCAUGUUUCUCAUCUGGAGCAUCAACUCGGCGCCUGAACAGGCACGGACUUGUUAUUACACCUGAUCGACGCAGCAUCGACGACGAUGACGCCUUUACCACGUACCAGGCUGUACACAUGUAACGCCGACUAUUCAUCAACGUUGUGCUCAUGUGCUUUACCUACAACCAUACUUUUCACGAUGACCACGGGUGACUGGUUGCAUGAUGCAUGUGAUACACACAACAACCAAUUGUGAUACUUUGUUUAAGUUCUGGGACUGACGCUUAAGAAGUGAUCUUCAAAAGGAAGACUAAAUAAUUGUCUAUUCCAUAAUCACUUCACCGAUGUCAGCAUGUCGUAACUGCGAGUUGUAUAAAUCAACAUGGUUCAAGGUAGCACAGGAUGGGAGUUCUAGUGUUACGUGAUAGCUGAGACGGAUGAAACUGACAUGUUAGCUUAGUUGAAGAGCACAGGAAGAAUCAAGUUCCUGACAAGUGGCCCUAAUUGGCCUUGUUCAAUUGUCCACUCUAUGAAGCAGGAAUGCCCAAUGGACAGUGAAGACCGUACAUGAGAACAUGAGUCUGCCUCUUCAAGCUGUUCCUCUUUCUGCAGACCCAGCCAGAGUUCGCCCACAGUGGAAGAAAUCAACUUUCUUUCAAGUUCAGAAAAACCUUGCUGCAGAAGGCUCUUGAUUAAGAGAGUGAAGCAACCGCUACAAAACCAAUUCAGUUCUUCAGAGGAUUUUGAAUCCUUGUAACAGAACAUACCACGUUGAGUCAUUUUAUCGACAGACUCAGACGAGAACCUGCUUGAGUACCAUGGAACGUUGCUGCAGUAAAGCGAAAAGCCGUGAGUUGGUUGUUCUGGUAGCUGCUUCGUCUGUGCGUCUUCUCUUCACUGGUUUGUGGUUCACUCCCGGCAUCCUGUACGUCGCCUUCAGGGACGCCUUCCAGCAGAGUGCAGCCGUGACGUCAUGGAUCACGUCUCUCCAGUACUUCACUACCUGCAUCACAGGUGCAGUUGGGGGGUUCGUGAUGCCUCGUUUCGGCAGUCGACUGGUCACCAUGACAGGAGGAAUCAUCUUGUCCGGUGGGCUGCUGACCAGCAUGUGGACCACUCACAUCGCUCACUUGUUCAUCACAUAUGGAGUGCUAGCGGGGUUUGGAGCAGGCCUCGGUUAUAUUGGGUGUUUGGAAGCUGUGAAGGAAACAUUCACCUCUAAUGUUAACAUGGCGUUUGGAGUGAGUGCAUUUAUUGCCAACUUUGGGAUUAUGAUCUUCCCACCUGUGCUGCAGCUUCUCAUUGAUACCUACACCUGGAGAGGGAUGUUCCUAGUCCUGGCGGGAGUGGAGCUCAACAUCAUUGUUGUUGCCGCAGUUUUCCCAGGACGUCAUAGACGUCCACAAUUCGAGACAUCCAUAGCACAAGAGACAGCCGAGUCGUACAGCCGUGGAGAUACGUGCUCAGACACAAAUGAUGGGACUAAGGAUUCAUUAUUACAUGGUGGCUCACCAGGAACAGAUCAGACAGUUUCACUGGAGGACAAGACGGUGAAACCAACCUUUCUUCAAAACCAUUAUUUUUUAAGGAAUCGACAUUAUUAUCUGUAUGUACUGAGUGGCACCUUGUUCCUGUUUGGAGCUGGGAUUAUACUGGGACAUUUGUCUGCCUAUACCCUGCAGAAUAAUAUUACAGAUAGCUAUGGAGCUGCCAUGCUGUAUACCGUCAAUGCUUUGUCAAUGGCGUGUGGAAAAUUACUCCACGGAGUUGUGAUAACGAAAAACAGAAUAAACCCUAUCAAACUCCAUAUAUUCGUGUGUGGAAUAGGUGGUCUUGCAACGUUGAUAUUCCUGUUCCAUAUUCCACUUCCGGUUCUAUACGCUUAUGUGGUAGUGUUUGGAGCGAGUAAUGCUAGCAUAGGGGGCGCGCUGAUGCCAUCCAUACUGCUACAAAUGGCAGGCUCGGACAACUUCUCCUUCUCCGUUGGCGUUUACACAGUGAUCACAGCCAUAGGAUCUCUCGUCGGAGCUCCAGUUGCAGGUUGGAUAUAUGACGUCACCAGUUCCUAUACAACCCCGUUCCUGCUUGCGGCGAUAUCAAUGAUAUCAUCUGCAUUCAUCAUGGUGACUUCCUGUCAUCAGAUCAAGCCCAUCCAGGCAAACACUAACGAAGAAGUUUAGAUAUAUGAUUUUAUACAAUAAAGGUAUACAUCCCCUCAAUAGAUACACUAUAGCCGCCGUCAUAUAUUGUUGAGCGUCAUGCUAGAUCAGUUUCUUACUUCGUCUGUCAUACAGACCCUGAAACAAAUGUACCCAUUGGAGCCCAUGCAAGUCUAGAUUACCAGGGUUUCAGGAAAGUGAAUAAAUCUCUGGGGUCCUUUUUAUUUUAUUUUAUUUUAAUUUAAUAACUUUUGUUUGUAAAAUAUGUUCAUUUCAGAGACUAGCUUUUAGUUUAUUUCUUACUCUGCGUUACGUUAUGAGAGAAAUUUGAUUGAUAAUACCAGGAUCAACAGAAACAACCAGGACUAUAAUGCGUUUUAAUGAUAAACGAUGAUAAAUUAUAUUAUCAGCGAUAAUAGCAAAUAAGCAUCGACAUGUUGAAACUUGACUUGUCACACAGACAACUGUUUGGUGCGUAACAUAACUCUUUCAUUAUAACGGACAACACUGAACGAGCAGUGCCCACUGAUGGUCAUCUCGCAAAGGUGGGAUCACUAUAGUCUAUACACCAGAACGUUUCUGGCGCCAUGGCGUCUCACAACAAACAGGUGUACUGUCGACGGAACAUUUGUGUUUGUGUGUUUGGAGUGUUUGGUAUGUUUGUAUUCGGUACAAAGGUGAGCUGAUUUGUCGAGAGCGGAUCCUCAAAACCCAUGCAAUGUUCAUGUGAUCGUUGCAAACAUAUCGGGGUUCAUAUUUUUCAUACGAUGCCCUUGGGCAAAAUAUCACUUUAGGAGGAAGUGUUCCAUGUCAAGCCUCGAUUACGGAGGGAACUACUUUUUCCAUUCAUGACAUUUUUCUAUGCUUUACUACGUUCAUUCACAGAUUGGCACUUCGGACAUAACGUCACCUCGGUAUUCUCUUGCAAUAUCAUUGUUAUUAAAACAAGGUUGUUCAGUUGAGUAUAUUGUUCAAUAAAAUAAAUAA